UAGGCAGAGGUACUUGCCUCCUCUGCCCAGCAAAGUUCUCUCUGAACCAAGCCACAAGUGGACAAGUCCCCACCCAAAUAAAUGACUGGUCUGUUCUCCCUCAUCUUUUACAACAUUGCUCUGAAUCAUGGCUGACCUUGAAACAGUUAACCUGCCCUGUCUGCAUCCAUCUUCCUGGCCAUGAUUGUGGAGUCUCAAGAGGCAGGUGAAGCUGAGUGUGGAGUGCAACAGUAAAAUCAGACAACAGAUGGACAGUGUGACAAGAACAUCAGAGAGGAUUGGGCCUCGUCGUGAGAGACAGCCUGGAGUCGGUGUGUUGGCAAGUUACUGAGAAGAAAACCAGGGGGACUGUGGCACACCAAGGAAGCAGAGCCUGUCUGCAGUCACACCAUUGAUGGAGGACAGAUGGACAGCCGGAUGGCCAAUCAGCUCUCCUCUUAAGCCUUGGGAGAGUGGACCUGUGUCCUCCACUGGACACCUAUUAGGAAUUCUAACACACUCUCUGAACUCUCUUUCUGUCAGAGUGCAAACUUAGACUGCGGUGUUCCAUCUGACUCAUCCAUUGCAUGGUAACAUCUGCAAACAUGAGUGCUGAGGGCUACCAGUACAGAGCAUUGUAUGAUUAUAAAAAGGAAAGAGAGGAAGACAUCGACCUACACUUGGGAGACAUACUAACUGUGAACAAAGGGUCCUUGGUUGCACAUGGAUUCAGUGAUGGACAGGAAGCCCGGCCAGAAGAAAUUGGCUGGUUAAAUGGCUAUAAUGAAACCACUGGGGAGAGGGGGGACUUCCCGGGGACUUAUGUGGAAUAUAUUGGAAGGAAAAAGAUCUCACCUCCCACUCCAAAGCCCAGGCCACCUCGACCCCUUCCUGUUGCACCAGGUUCUUCAAAAACUGAAGCAGACAUUGAGCAACAAGCUUUGACCCUUCCAGAUCUGGCAGAGCAGUUUGCACCUCCUGACAUUGCCCCACCUCUCCUCAUCAGGCUAGUGGAAGCCAUUGAAAAGAAAGGUCUGGAAUGUGCGACUCUAUACAGAACACAGAGCUCCAGCAAUUCUGUAGAAUUACGACAGCUUCUUGAUUGUGAUGUUGCCUCCAUGGACUUGGAAAUGGUCGAUGUACAAGUUUUAGCAGAUGCUUUUAAACGCUAUCUCCUGGACUUACCAAAUCCUGUCAUUCCAGUAGCCGUUUACAGUGAAAUGAUUUCUUUAGCUCAAGAAGUACAAAGCUCCGAAGACUAUAUCCAACUGUUGAAGAAGCUCAUUAGGUCUCCUAACAUACCUCAUCAGUAUUGGCUUACGCUUCAGUAUUUGCUAAAACAUUUCUUCAAACUCUCUCAAUCUUCCAGCAAAAAUCUUUUGAGCGCAAGAGUGCUUGCUGAAAUUUUCAGCCCUAUGCUUUUCAGAUUUCCAGCAGCCAGCUCUGAUAGUACUGAAAACCUCAUAAAAGUUAUAGAAAUUUUAAUCUCAACUGAAUGGAAUGAACGACAGCCAGCACCAGCACUGCCUCCGAAGCCACCCAAACCCACCACGGUAGCCAACAACGGUAUGAAUAACAAUAUGUCUUUACAAGAUGCGGAAUGGUACUGGGGAGAUAUCUCCAGGGAAGAAGUGAAUGAAAAACUUCGAGAUACAGCAGAUGGAACCUUUUUGGUACGAGAUGCAUCUACUAAAAUGCAUGGUGAUUAUACGCUUACACUAAGGAAAGGAGGGAAUAACAAAUUAAUCAAGAUAUUUCACCGAGAUGGAAAAUAUGGCUUCUCAGACCCAUUAACCUUCAAUUCUGUGGUUGAACUAAUAAACCACUACCGGAAUGAAUCUCUAGCUCAGUACAAUCCCAAACUGGAUGUGAAGUUACUGUAUCCAGUAUCCAAAUACCAACAGGAUCAAGUUGUCAAAGAAGAUAACAUUGAAGCUGUAGGGAAAAAGUUACAUGAAUAUAACACUCAAUUUCAAGAAAAAAGUCGAGAAUAUGAUAGAUUAUAUGAAGAAUAUACUCGUACUUCCCAAGAAAUCCAAAUGAAAAGAACAGCUAUUGAAGCAUUUAAUGAAACCAUAAAAAUAUUUGAAGAACAGUGCCAAACCCAGGAGCGGUACAGCAAAGAAUACAUAGAAAAGUUUAAACGUGAAGGCAAUGAGAAAGAGAUACAGAGGAUUAUGCAUAAUUAUGAUAAGUUAAAGUCACGAAUCAGUGAAAUUAUUGACAGUAGAAGAAGAUUGGAGGAAGACUUGAAAAAGCAAGCAGCUGAGUAUCGAGAGAUUGACAAACGUAUGAACAGCAUUAAACCAGACCUCAUUCAACUGAGAAAGACGCGCGACCAGUACUUGAUGUGGUUGACUCAAAAAGGUGUUCGGCAAAAGAAGUUGAACGAGUGGUUGGGCAACGAAAACACUGAAGACCAAUAUUCACUGGUGGAAGACGAUGAAGAUUUGCCCCACCAUGAUGAAAAGACAUGGAAUGUUGGCAGCAGCAACCGCAACAAAGCUGAAAACCUGCUGCGAGGGAAGCGCGACGGCACUUUUCUCGUCCGGGAGAGCAGUAAGCAAGGCUGCUAUGCCUGCUCUGUGGUGGUGGACGGUGAGGUCAAGCAUUGUGUCAUCAACAAAACAGCAACUGGCUAUGGCUUUGCAGAGCCCUAUAACUUGUACAGCUCCCUGAAGGAACUGGUGCUACAUUAUCAACACACCUCCCUCGUGCAGCACAACGACUCCCUCAAUGUCACACUAGCAUACCCGGUAUAUGCACAGCAGAGGCGAUGAGCGCUGCCCUACGAUCCUGUUCCUGACCUUCAGCCACCCGAGGCCUCUGGGAAGCAAAGGGCUCCUCUCCAGCCUGACCUGUGAAUUGAGCUGCGGAAACGAAGCCUUCGUCUCUCUGCAGAUGGGACUAGAGCUUUCUUGGACAAAAAAGAAGUAGGGAGAAGGCAGACAGCCUAGGGCUGCAGGAUGAUCAGCUGUUUCUAACCUGGACUGCUUAUCCUUCUUUCUUUUUUUAUUUUGGUUUAAUUUAAAGCCACAACACAAAGAGAAAAAGAAAUGCAAAAAUCUCUCCGUGCAGGGACAAAGAGGCCUUUAACCAUGGUGCUUGUUAAUGCUUUCUGAAGCUUUACCAGCUCAAAGUUGGGACUUUGGAAACCAGAAGGAAGAUGGGGCUGAAGAGCCUGUGCCUGAGGGUGCUGGGUCCAGCCUGGGUUACCCUGGGUGUCGCUGUGCACGGUGAGCCCAGACACAUCGCACUGUGGAUUACUUCAUUUUCUAACAAGUGAACUCUAUGUAGCAGAAAGCCACUUCUGCUCACGAGGGACAUUUUGGGAGGACAUCAGUCCAUGUACGUUCAGAGGAAAAUCUAUUAUAGCAAAGUGCCAGAAAGUGUUUAAACUUGUCGAAACAAAAAACAACCCAGCAACAGAAAAAUGGAGCUCGGAAAACAGGACUUAAAGUGACAUUCAGUAUAUAAAAUAUGUACAUAAUAUUGGAUGACUAACUAUCAAAUAGAUGGAUUUGUAUCAAUACCAAAUAGCUUCUGUUUUGUUUUGCUGAAGGCUAAAUGCACAGCUCUAUGCAAUUAAUUUUCAUUAAGUUAUCAGUUUAAAAUGUACUUUCAGAAUAAGCUUCUUCUACCCCAAUUUUUGUUGCCUGAAAAUAUUGUUGUCCCUGAUUUUUUGUUAAUAUUCAUUUUGUUAUUUUUUUUAAAGAAAUGUACAGAAUGCCAGUAAAAAAGGCUUCAGAAUUAAAACUAUGAAAUAUUUUACAGUUUUUCUUGUACAGAGUACUUGGCUGUUAGCCCAAGGUUAAAAAGUUCAUAACAGAUUUUUUUUGGACUAAAUGUUUUGUUGGGCAGUGCCUGAUAAGCUUCAAAGCUGCUUUAUUCAAUAAAAAAAGAAAGAUAUAUGAAUAUGACAAAGUAUCGCUGAGUCCAACAAUGUUGUUUUAAGACUCUUAAAAUACGGUACCUAGCAAUGUUGUUUCCUAAUGGAUUGUGAACUUCUUGAAUCUAGGGAGCGGGGAACGUAGUCAAGGGUUGUACCAGGUAGGGUUGGGGGAGGGGGUGGUGAGGUGGUAUGCACUUUCUCAUGAUUACAGAGAAGUGAACAACUGCAAAGUGAAGUUGCUUAUAUUUCAGUCUUUUUCCACUUUGACUUUCUAGUUGGCAUCAAUUAGCGACAAUUACAAACCUACUGUAACUCUUAACCCAGUGCAGCUGGUCUGUUGUUUUGUUUUGUUUCGUUUUUUGUUUUUUUAAGUUCAUAUGAAAAGCUGAGAGUCUGUCUUUGGAUUCCUGGAACAGUGCUCCUCUUUGUUUAGCACACUGGUUUCAAGGUAUAAUCUCUGCAUUUAGAACAUGUGCUGUUUCUCUAACAUGAAACUAGUCACGACAACCAACAUUGACUUUUUAAAAAAUGCGCGAUCUGAAAAAAUAUUUUUAGCUGGGUGUUUGUUAUUUUCCUAGCAUUCCAUUCAAUUUAGGACACGUAGCAAGGAGACACAGCACAUGGCUACUGCUAUGGGCUGUGUGGAGCUUGUUCAAGCCCUGGCCAUUGCAGGAAUCCAAAGGAGGAACCUUCUCAUUUAUCCAAAUAAUGGUGUGUUCCACUUCACUCUGGGGAAAGGCAGGGGGUGAAAGUGUCAUCCUUGCAAUUUAGGGUGGCAGUGAGAGUUCUCCCUCCCAAAUUUGCAUAUGCAAAAGCUGUUGUGUUGGAAGAUAUUGCAGAAAUUGUACAUGUGUUGGGAGCAGGAAAGGCUGGUUAUAAUCAUGGUCACUGCUCCAGCAGAUAACAGUGGAUCUCAUAGUUUUCGUGUCCCUUUCUUCAUAUUAGUUUCACUCACAGCUUUCUCUUCCCUUCAAAUACAAAGUGAAGAUAACUUGUUUUGUCUUUUAAGUGUUCUUCCCUUUAAAAAGCUUUUGGAAGAAUCAGCCUUAGUAGCUGAGUUAAUGGUCUGUAGAAUGUAUUACUUUUCUUUACAUAAAGUCAGUCUUCAGCUAGACUGUCAGCCCUCAAACUUGACUUCUGAUCUGACCAUCUCCCUCACAUCACCAGACAAGUAAUGUUUUUCCCUGAUGUUAGUCUGUGUCUGUGCUUUAAAACUGGUGGUGAGAUCUUGCUACAGCACACAGAAGUCUUAACAGUUAAUAGUAGUUUAUAAAGUAGGUUUGUGUGUUUUUGUUUUGUUUUUGGGGGGUCUUUUUUCUCUUUUGGUAGCACAUCAUGUAUGGUAUUCAAUACAAAUAAUUUUCAUUUAUUUUCUAAACUAGAUCUGAGAUCGAAUGUCUCAUUGAAAACUACAAUUUUACUAUUUUUGCUUCAGCGUUGCAAGAUGACAUGCUAUUUAGGCGGUCACCUCUUUUUUGCAUCUCACAAGCAUAAGUGCAAUAGAUUUUUCAUUGAACAGAAGGAAGAAUUUAUUGUUCCAUCCAUCCAUCAGCUAGUUACAUCAUACCUAUUCUGCUGAAUGCAUUUUUGAUGACAGUGUAGCAUGCCCGCCACUAUUGCCCUUCUAGCUGUUUGGCCAUCAGGGCUUUGUGGGUUCAGCCAGACAGCCAUCUUCUAACGUCUGAGAGGCUGGUGAAUAUGAAUGGAUACAGCAGAGGUAUUCCUGAUUUGUGCUUUAUCCAUGCAUCAGUUUUUCCCACCAUGUGUAGCAUCCAAAAGACAAAAGCCAGAAGCCAGCUGCAGAGAGGUUAUGAAAGGGCUGUAGAAGGGGAGCAUUGGGACCUCAUGUUCCACACCAGAGUGAUCAUAACCAUGUAAAAAGGCAAAAACAACGUGUUUGCAACAUGUGACGAUGUCACUGCCCUAGAUAUAUGUAUAUAUGUAUAUGUGCAUGGACUAUGUUUCCAGUACACCUUUCAGCCAAAACAGAUUUGCAGUGAGUUCAAGUACAUAAUAAGCAAAUGUCUAGUACAGUUACUGUAUAUGUAUAUGAGUUGUUUUUUCCUUUGAGGUUGCUUUGUUUUGUCUUAGUAAGGUGAAAAUUGCAAGUGAAGUGAGAAGUUCAUAAUUCUUUGACUUUAUUUCUAUUUUUAGAAGUUACUCCUUUUAGGGAGCAGGUCUGGAUGACUCCUUAUCCUGGAAAUCUUUGUUUACUAGUGUGUCAAGUCAAAAUAUGUUUAUGUGAGCUGUCACCGUGGGGACCCAAUUGCUUUGUCGUAUAGCUGGUUAUGAACAAGUAACGUGUUGGGAAGUCCUACUGAUGUUCCUUACUGGGAGAAAAAUUCUGCUGGUUUAACAACUGUGCUUUUGCUAUGCAUGGUAUCCAAGUCAGUUGGAAAGCAGACCCUGCUGUCUUUGAAUUUAGGGUCAAUUUAAGAAAGGGGCAGUUUAAAGCACAAUGCCUCACAUGGGACAAAGUUCCAAAAUCCCAAAUUCUUAUUUUUAAAAAUCGAGUUAUGUAAAAUGCUAGAAUAAUGGGUGGGGAGGGGAUGGAAUUGAGUAAUUGGAAAGACCAUUCAACUUAACAUUAAACUUGUCACCGUGAGAGAGCAUUAGCUGCCCAGGAUGCUGCUAUUUAAAAAAAGAAGAAAAAAAAUAAAAAGCAAAACAAAAAGAAAAAAACCUCAUUUAUACAUGUGUAUUUUUUAAAGCUAUGAUCUGUUCAAUGUUUUUACAAAUCUGUUUAUAUGACAUUAAAAUUGGUCUUUUGAUGAGAGGGAGGAUGUCAUGGUCAGGUGUAAUUUUGCCUUUACAAGGCAACUGGGGUGGGGGGUGGGGGGGGAGUGUGCCUCCUUGAUGUUUUGUUCAAGUUAUAGAUCAAUGGAGCUAUGUCUUGUUUUAAGUUGCUUUAAUGCAUUGUAUUAGGUCUUCAUACAGAAUAAAGGUUGUUUUGAAACUUAA